AUGGGCUUCUAUGGCGCUUGCCCCGCAGUGCUGCAGACACAGCGCUGUGUCCUGCACGGCGCAUCGGUGGCUGUGGGAGAAGGAAGAGAUGUCGGCAAACACAGAGCUCAUUCAUGGACUCACAAAGAGAGAAUCGCUAAAAGCGCCAAAAACCUCAUCAACAUCGAACUCUUCUGGAAGAGCUACCAGGGUCGUAGAGAUCUGAACAUCGAGAGGAAUAACACGUUCAAAUGUCCUGUGAUGUUGGUGGUCGGUGAUCAGGCUCCGUAUGAGGAAGCAGCUGUGGAGUGCAACAGCAAACUAGAUCCAACUACGACCUCAUUCCUCAAGAUGGCUGAUGCUGGCGGGAUGCCACAGCUGACUCAGCCCAGCAAACUGACAGAAGCGUUUAAGUACUUCAUUCAAGGCAUGGGAUACAUGGCGUCGUCCUGCAUGACGCGUCUCUCGCGCUCGCGCACCACCUCGCUUUCAUCCUCCUACUCCAUGGAGGGCUCGCGCUCCCGAUCCCGCACGCUGUCCCAGGGCUCGCAGGGCGGACAGCUCCCGCCGAGCCCAUCCCAUACCAUGGAGGUGUCGUGCUGAGGAGCGCUUGAGCGGGGGAGAGAGGUGGACGGAUGAAGCGCUGGAGUCCUCUGGGAAAGUUAGUUUGGUGUGCGUGAAGACGGGCGGAUCAUGACGACUCUCUCCCUCCCGUCACCCUUCACCGACCCGUCAGGCAGAUGAUAGAGCCCUUUAACUCUGUGGCAUGGGCGGGGCCUUUAGUGAGACCCACAUGUAGUGUUAACCAAUAGUAAUACUUCUAAUAUGAAUAUUGAUUAUUAAUAUUAAUAACGAUGAGCGUCACUGAAAAAAAAUAAAUAACAAUGUUUCUCUUAAUUACAUGUUGAAUUUCUAAACAAAAGAAUAGAGAAAAGAGUAUAUAAGCUCAUAAUGUGUGUCUGUCAACUUCUAUGUGAUUAUAAUUUUUUUGGUGUGCUUUUUUUUUCUUUCGUUUUUGUAUUUUGUAUUAUUUUCUUCUGUUAUACAAUCCUGCUGCUGUGAGAGGGGUACAGUAUUUUCGGAGACGGUGGCGAAUGUUUUAGGCCGAAGUACUCGUCUCUGUCGAUGACAGCCACCUCAUGUCUUCCAUUUGCCCUUGAAAAAAGCUAUAUACAUAAAAAGCGAGCAAGAAAAAAAUACUGUAAUUGUAUUAUUUUACUUGGAUUUGUUUGGUUUCGGGGUUAGGGCCAUUGGGGUCUUUGCCUUGUUUUGAAAUGCAUGCCGGAAUUUCAUUGAUCUCGUCAGUCUGUUUUUUUUUUUUUUUUUUUUUUUAAAGGAUUUUA